AUGGGAAACUUUUUACGGAAGUAUUGUGCCUGUUUGGAGCCCUACAUCCCGUGCCUGUUCUCAGGGGGAGAUGGUGAACACGACGAGAAAGUCGGGCAAGUUUUCCCCAAUCUUGCUGUGGUAUGUCAUGACUUCCAAGACAGAGACAACAAGAUAAAAGAGAAACCUCUACCUCCACUGCCUGGCCAGCACCUGGUGAAUACUUGCAGAUUUGUGGCACUCUUUGACUACGAGGCUCGCACUGAAGAGGACUUGAGCUUCCGAGCUGGGGAUAAGCUCGAGGUGCUGACAGCAUCCCACGAGGGCUGGUGGUACGCUAGGCUCCUCCUGCCACCAGGGUCAGUCUGUCCUGGCCGCAAGCUCGAGGGCUACAUCCCUGCCAACUACAUCGCCGCUGACCACAGCAUCGAAGCUGAGCCAUGGUUUUUUGGCCCAAUCAAACGAGCAGAUGCUGAGAGACAACUGUCAUGCCCUGGAAACCAGGCAGGAGCCUUCCUAAUCCGAGAGAGCGAAAGUUUGAAAGGCGAAUACUCACUUUCAGUUUUUGAUGGUGUGUCUGUGAAGCACUACAGGAUCAGAAAGCUGGAUGAAGGAGGCUUUUUCCUGAGCAGAAGGAAAACUUUCAAAACUCUGAAUGAGUUUGUGGACUAUUACAGUAAGAACAGCGAUGGCCUGUGCGUGGUGCUGGGAAAGCCAUGCCCAAAGGUACAAAUUCCUGCUACUUUUGAUUUGUCAUAUAAAACUGCUGACCAGUGGGAGAUAGACCGACAGUCUCUGAAACUGUUGAAAAAAUUAGGAUCUGGUCAGUUUGGCGAGGUGUGGGAAGGACUGUGGAAUAACACCACCCCUGUGGCAAUCAAAACACUAAAACCAGGUUCAAUGGAUCCAAAGGACUUUCUGAGGGAAGCACAAAUAAUGAAGAACUUGAGACAUCCAAAGCUCAUACAGCUUUAUGCUGUCUGUACUUUGGAGGAUCCAAUUUAUAUUAUUACUGAGCUGAUGAGAUAUGGAAGCCUUCUAGAAUACCUUCAAAAGGAUGCAGGCUCCCAAAUCUCCCUGCCACAUCAAAUAGACAUGGCUGCUCAGGUGGCCUCCGGUAUGGCUUACCUUGAAUCUCAGAACUAUAUCCAUCGGGAUCUGGCAGCCAGGAACGUUCUUGUUGGUGAACACAAUGUUUACAAAGUGGCAGACUUUGGACUUGCAAGGGUUUUUAAGGUAGAGAAUGAAAACAUAUACGAAGGUAGAACUGAAACCAAGCUCCCAGUGAAAUGGACAGCCCCAGAGGCAAUCCGCUACAACAAAUUCAGUGUCAAGUCUGAUGUCUGGUCCUUUGGAGUCCUUCUGUUUGAAAUAAUCACCUAUGGGAAGAUGCCUUAUGCUGGUAUGCCAGGACACCAGGUGAUCCAGAUGCUGGACAAGGGGUACAGACUUCCUCAGCCAGAGACCUGCCCCACACCGCUCUACCGGCUGAUGCUGCAGUGCUGGUGCGCAGAGCCAGGGGAGCGACCUACCUUUGAGGCUCUCUGCGGGCAGCUGGAGUGCUACUUCCAGACUGACUCUUCAUCCUAUGCCCAACCCCAGGCUGUGGUGAAGUGACCCC